AUGGCCGAUGAGGACAAGAACGGAGGGUCAGGAGCUUGGUCAAGAGUUCCUACCUGGGAUGGCAACCCUCAGGGCUGGAGAGCCUUCAUGAGGGAGAUGCAAUGGUGGAUGUCAGCCCUCGACCUUGAGGGAACGAAGAAAUACAACCUGGCUGCACGAUGGUUGUUGAGGCAGAGCGGCAUUGUCCGCCAACGUGGCGAAGAAUUCUCGCCUGCUGACUUGGAGUAUCAGCGAGAGAUCACCGCCACUGACCCGGUGACUGGGGAAGUCGUUGUCAUUACGCCUGAGGAUCCUUUGGCUGGCUUGCACAAGUUGUUGCGUGCAUUGGAGGGCAUCAAUGGCAAGACGGUCCUUGAUAAGCGUGGUGACCUUCGCAAUGCCUUCUACUUGGAGCUCCGUCGACGACCAGGUGAAAGGUUGGCAGAGUUCUGCACGAGGUUCAGGUCGGCAGUUGCUGAUUUGAAGGCAGAGGGCGUGGUUUUGCCUUCCUCGGAGCUCGGCUGGUUUUUGAAGCAGAAGCUUGGAUUGGACGCGAUUCGAGUUCAGUUGCUUGAGACGGCAUUGCAAGGUAAGGAGUCGUAUGAGGAGACGGAGCUGGAGGUCCUUCGACUUUUCCGAGACCUUCAUGCGGCUGAUCCGCUUGUGAGAAAGGGUCCUCCGUCCGAUGGUCACCGUAACCCCAUCUUGAACAAGUUCAUGUCCCAGCAACACCACCAGCAGUACAGGAAUCCCUCGUCGAAGAGUUCGUAUGCCCCCUCAACAGCUCCUUCAGGUUCAUCGUUUGGUUCGAGCCGCAUGAGCACUUCGUAUCGGUCGGACAGGCCUUUCCCUCGAAAGCCACAGCAGCGUCAAGCUUUUGCUGCUGAGGUUGAAGAAGAAGAACCUCAUGAGGAGACUCAUGAGGAUGAACCGGAUGAGCAAUACUCCCUGGAGGAGGUCUUGCAGGCUGAGGCUGAGAUUCUGGCCACGGAGUUGGAGGAAGCCGUUGAUGACGGCAUUGGUCCUGACAUCAUUCAAGAUGUCGAAGAGACCGUAGAAUCGGCAGCGGAGGCUCUGUUGACUAUGAGGGAGGCUCGGUCAAAGUUGGCUGAGGUUCGAAAAGAUAGAGGCUAUGGCAAGGCCUCGACAGGCAAGAUGGCCAACAAGAAGAGCAAGCUUCCUUGUUUUGAUUGCAACCAACUCGGCCACUGGGCCGGAGAUCCUGAGUGCAAGAACCCCGGCGCUGGCCUUGGACGUAAGAGUCCCAAGAAGCAUCCGAAGUCGGUGAAGGUUGUCGAGACCAUGAACACCGAGCAUGUUGUUGCUGACCCCGCACUUUUGCCAGCCGUCGAUGGAAAUGAAGCCCUUGCAGUGUCGUGUGUUUCCCGAAACUUGAAGUUGAGCGAUGUUUUUCAUGCCCCCAACUCCAAGGAGGUUCAUGCCGUGCACACUGGCCUUACUGCAGACAAGCGUCUUGUGGGUGCUUUGGACAGUGCUUGCAACCGGACGGUCACGGGUUCAGAGUGGCUUCACAGUUUUCUUCGUUGUUUGGAGCAUGCGCCCCAAGCUGUUCGAGAUCUGGUGCAGUCGUCCCCUGAACAUGAGGUGUUUCGUUUUGGAGAUGGUGGAACUCAAGUUAGCUCAACCAGGUGGCGAAUCCCCGUCAUGCUGGGCGACACCGUCCUUUGCGUAUGGGUUUCUGAAGUACCUGUUCCAAGCUUAGGUCUUCUUCUGGGCCGGGAUUUCCUCGAAUCGGUGGGGGCCAACAUGUCCUUUGCCAACCGGGUGAUCCAGUUUGAGUACUUGAAGUGCCAUGCCCUUCCUUUGAAGCAACUUGCGGCAGGCCACUACAUGCUGCGCCUGCUGCCGUCGCAUUGGGCAGGUCUGGGCACCCAGAAGUGGAGGAGAUUGGGCAUUGAUGGAGUUGUUGAACUUCAGAUGUCAAUGCAGGAAUGGUUGAAAGUCAAGCUUGUGGACAAGAAGCACGCCUCGCUGCAAGACAAGCUUGGCACUUAUGGGGGCAAGACCCAGGAAGAGAAUGGCAUCGUCCCAAAGGGUACCUUUCAGAAGGCCGAGCUGUGGCAAGCAUGGACAGUCAGCAACAUGAGCGAUUGCAUUUGGCUUCGCAAUCGCAUGGGCAUUCGCUACGCGUUCCUGGAGGACCCCAUUCUGAUGGGCAUGCUGGCUGCGAAGAGUGCAAAGGGCCUGACGGCUCGUGUGAAAAAGGAGUCUAUUGCGGAGGCCGUGGAGAAAGCGCAUCAGUCCCAGAUGCAAGGCACUGCGGACCAAGAGGCUCGUGCUAUGAUUGGUCCCAGAGGUGGCCUUCCAACCCUUCGCUCAGAUCUUCUUCGUUUGGCAGCGUUGCUUCAUGUGCAUAUUGGAGAGAAGGACACCGUGCCGGUGAUCAAGGAGAAGCUGAAGCCUAUGGUGGAAGCGCUCAAGGGCCGCACUCCGGCUGCCGACAGCCGAGCUUCGUCCUCAACGGCACAGCCACCACCUGUGCGUCUUACGAGCGCACCAGUGCAGAAGCCCGCGGCGAAACCGCCACCGAGGGCCAUUCAGUCCUUCACACCACAGCCUUGCGAGGUGCUUCAUCAGACUCGAUCCAUGGCCGCCCUGGAACAGCUUCUGAAGCAGGUCAGCGCCGCCGUGGAGCAGAUCAAGGACCAGCCCUACAGCAUGCAGACUCAAGGAACGAUGCCUCAGCAGCACUCUCUCGAGCAGGCUUCCGACGUCUCCAUGAACGACUUGGACGCAGAGGCUCAACGCCAGCUGAUGGAGGACGCCGCCCUGAGCAUGGAAGCCGUCUACGAGGAGAAGCUGGAGGCCCAGUAUGGCGAAUGGGGCAUGCUGGAGCUGACGCCGGAGCAGAAGGAGCGGGCUUGGGAGAAACAUCGUCGUGAUCAGCUCUCGCGUUUUGGAGUUGAGACCGCCAAGAUCAACCAAGCUCUCCAGACUGAAUUUGAGAAUGAGAUGAACUCCUUUGUGAAUGAUGAGGUCUUUGUGCAUGCGAUUGACUUCACUACAUGCUUGAAGCCGUCUUCAAGUGUUUCGCAGAGCACUUCUUCCUUGAGGGCCUCUACAUCUCAAAGUUCGUCUUCCGCGCCACCCUUUGUCUCUGAGGUGUACACGAACACCCAACGAGUGAUGCGGGAGGCAGCACGUCGUGGUCACAGAGUGGGCACGCCAAUGAGUUUGGAGACUGGUUGGAACUUUCUGGACGCUGAUCACCGUGAAGCAGCCAAAAGGCUUGUGAGAAAGGAGAAGCCUUACUUUUUGAUGAUUGCAUUUCCGUGUGGGCCUUUCGGUCCGUUGUUGAGGCUGAACUCUUCCGUGAACCUGGAGGAGAUCUUGGAGAAGGGCCGCAUUUUGAUGCGAUUUGCUUUGGAGUUGGCAGCCAUUCAACAUGAAGCUGGUCGGCACUACAUCCUGGAGAACCCUCAACCAAGUGCCGCUUGGAAAGAACCUGACAUGGUGAAGUUCUUGGACGAGUUUGAAGCCAAGGUUGCAAACCUUCACCAAUGCCAAUUUGGACUUCGCAGUCUUCGUGGUGGGCUUCACAGGAAAGCGACUCGUGUGGCAUCUUCGAGCUUUCCGGUGGUUGCUUUGCUGGAUGGGCGCGUGUGCGAUCGCUCCCAUGGUCAUGACCCGGUCAUUGGCGGCCGUGUGGUGACGGAACGGGCUGGGCACUAUCCUGGACCUUUGGCACGCGCCUUUGUGGUUGGGAUGGAGCGGCAGUUCAACAGCGAAGUGGAGGAUGGCACGAAGACUCCGAAUGCAAAGAUUCCGGCUAGUGUGCGAGCUGCUAUUGCUCGACUUCAUGACAACACAGGACAUCGCAGCAACAGGCGAUUGGCUCGUGCCUUGGCGAUCUCUGGAGCACCGGCAGCUGCCAUUCAGGCUGCCAAGGAACACAAGUGCUCGAUUUGUGCAGAGCGUGCUCCGCCCAAGUCACAACGUGUUGGUUCUUUGCCCCAGCCUCGUGAUGUUUCCGACCAGGUGCACAUUGAUUUGUUGGAAGCUGAGGAUUGCAAGGGCACCAAAUACUACAUCAUCCAUGCGACCGACUUCUGCACUCGCUUCCAGAUGAGUGAGCUUUUGGAGAGAAAGACUGCAGGAGCGGUGGUGAAUUUUUUGAAGACUCGAUGGUGGCCAAUUUUUGGACCUAUGCGGACCUUGGUGGCUGAUCAAGGCCGAGAGUUCAUUUUGUGGGAGCUUCAAGAUUUUUGUUCCCGCCACUCAGUGCGUGCCGAGAUGGCACGGAGUCGAAACAGCACGAUUGCAGAUGUUCCUGAACCAGGCUCCAUCGUCUACUUCUUCCGCUUCCAGAAGUAUAACAACAAGAACACUGGCAGCAAGCGUCGCUUAGCUCUUCGCAAGUGGCAUGGACCAGGUCUGUUGGUGGCUGUUGAACAAGGUUCUGAAGGUAACACUGGGGCGAACGCCUACAUCUCCUUCAAGGGCCAGUUGACAAAGUGCAGCUUGGAGCAUGUGAGAAGGGCGAGUCCUAUGGAGCAAAUUGUUGCAGGUGAUUGGGAAGAAGCGAUUCGUGAGGCAGUGGCUAGCGCCUUGCAUGACAUGACUCGUAGUGGACUACCUGCUCGACCUCAAGAAGUACAUGAUCAACCAAUCCCAGAGGAAUCGGAGUGGCCUCCUGUUCCCAUUAGCGAGAGCGAGAGUCCAAGCACGGAGAGUCCAGAUGGUGAGCCACUUCCAGCUCAUCCUGCCUUUCCCACCGUUGGUGAGACGCCACCGGUGAAACCACGUGAACGUCAACCUUCCAGUGACUUGCCUCCUGUACAUCCUCGUGAGAUGGUGAAUGCGUUGCAGUCAGGAACUGAGGCGAGUGUUUCGCGACUUCCCUCCCAUUCUGGAGUGAUGGCUUCGAGGUUGACGACCCCUAUGACCAGGCAGAAUACACCUAUGGCAGCUCCACCCUUGUUUGCAGGUGCUUCUUCUAGUUCAGCUGGCGUGCUGGGUGCGCAGAUUGAGCGUGCACGACUGUUGGAGAAACGCCCUGCGGAGAUGGAGACGGAAGAGCUUCGAUCCCUGGCUUCUUCACAAGCAGCCUUUGAACGACCUGUUGGACAACCUGGUUGUGAACCUGAGCUGCAUGACACGUUGGUGGUGAGCAAGGAAGAUGUGAUGUCAGUGCUUGAGCAGGGUGACAAAGUACAUCCUCUCAUCAAGCUCUACUGUGAAGCUUGCGUUGACAGGGCAAACCCUCUUGAUGCUCAAGUACACGACCACGGCACCUGGGAUGGAAGAUGGGGUUUGCCAUCUCGCAGUGAGUUUCUAGCUCGCAAGAAACUUGGUUUGAUGUGGCCUUGCGGUGCUGAUGAACUUCAUGAGGCCAAUGCAGUCCAGGCUGCUCGAAAAGAGUACUAUUGGCGUGCCAUGACGCCUGACCAGAAAGCUGCCUUGCGUGUCGCUGCUGAAGCAGGUUGGUCUGUUUGGGAGACAAACGAGGCGGUCGAGGUCCUGGACGACAAGACUUCUCAGCGCAUCCGCGCUGACCUGAAGGCCAAGAAGGAAGACUGCAAGAUUCUGACUCCCAGGUGCUCAUUGGCCCUUGGGGCUCCACCUCCUCGCGCAAUCCACCACCACGAGCUCCUCGCGCGGUCUGCGACGCAGCACGCGCGGUCCGCGCCCGGUCUGCGACGCAGUGACCUGGGCCACGGCGCAGAGCUGCUGUGUGGCGGGAAGCCAGUGGCACCGAGCUGUCGCGACUCCAUGGAGCAGCUUCGCUGGAACUUCGCUGCGACCAACUUCCAGGUGGCCAUCAGUGCAUGCGAUGCUGCCGGGGCGGCAGACUUGGCACGGCAGCUGCUGAGGCGUUGGCCGUGUUGGAGCUUGGAAGGCUUCAAUAGUGCGGUGAGUGCUCAGAGGGGCAUCUACUGGCAGCAGGCCUUGGAGUUGCUGGACCGGGCUGAAGAGCUACAGUUACAGCUGGAUUUGAUCACCUACAGCGCUGCCAUCAGCGCAUGCCAGCGCCACUGGCACUGUGGGUUGGAGCUUCUGGGCCGCCUGCAACGUGAAGGGCUAACGGCAAACGCGGUGGUGUGGACUACGUGUUUGCGUGCAUGUGUCUUGGGUGAGCAAUGGCAGGCUGCCCUGGAUCUGUUCGAGCAGAUGCAGAGCCAGAAGCAGCUGACCUUGUUGGCGUUCUGCGACCUUUUCUCAGCGCUGGCCGAGCGUUCCUCUGUUCUGGCCGCCACGAGGAUCGGUGACUUGGGGAGGCAACAGCAAUGGCCCAGGGCGCUGGAGCUCUUCCGCGAGACAUGUCAAGAGGAUUGGAGCAACACCAUCAGCUGCAACGCAGUCAUCAAUGCUUUGGCCAAGAGCUCUCAAUGGCAACGCGCCCUGUCCUUUCUGCAGCGGACGCUGCAGCCGGACGUCGUCAGCUACAGUACCGUGAUGAGUGCCAUGGAGCGGGCGAGUGAAUGGCUGAUUGCGUUUCAAUGCCUCUCGGAGAUGGAACGACAGGAGGUGCAGCCGAACACGAUCAGUUACAACGCGGCAUUGAGCGCAUGUGAGAAGUCCCAGGAGUGGUCCUGGGCCCUGCUGCUGAUGGUGUCCAUGGGAACCGUCGGGAUCCAGGCAGACGUCGUGACGGUGAGCGCGACGUUGAGCGCCCUGGAGAAGGGCAGCCGGUGGAGAGGAGCUCAUCGGCUAUUAGGAGCGAUGCCUUUGCAGGCGUUGCAGCCGGACGUCAUUUGCCAGAACGCGGCCAUUCGCUCCAGCACGGGCCACCUCGUUUGGUCCAGCGCCUGCGACCUGCUCCGGGCGUUGACCAGGGCAUCGCUGCAGCCGAGCAGGAACAGCUUCAAUGCGGUCAUCUCUGCAUGCGCUUCAGGCGAUGAGUGGCAGCUGAGCCUUUGCUUGCUGGAAGAGAUGAGAACUUCGGUCGUUGCUGAUGCUGUGAGCUUCAGCGCUGCGAUGGCAGCCCUGGAAGCGCAGAGUCUGUGGCACGUGGCACUGGCACUGCUCGCUGCGGCCCGGAGUGGUCACGGCGGCCGCAUGCGCGGCCGCACGAGGGAAGAGCUGAAGACGUUGGAUGCGGUUUGCUUCAACAGCGCGGUGCAGGUGUGUGCUGCGGCCAGACGCUGGGCCGAAGCACUCGAACUCUUCGGGGACUUGUCGCAACUGUUUGGGCCAACGAAGCUGGCCUUGGAUGCCUGCCUGGAUGCUUGUUUGGAGGUCUGGCCACAGGCCUUCCACCUCCUCGCGACCGCGACGAGUUCCUCGACGAGUUCGUGUGACCCGCAUUCACACGUCUCGCGUCACCUGCGGCUAGAGCUCCAGCCCCAGGACGAGGUGAGCUACGGUCUUCUGUUCAACGCGCUCGAGACGAGCGGAGCUUGGGAGGCAGCAAUCCAAGCUUUGCAUGAUCUCACGCGCGAGCAAGUGCGUCCGAACGCCAUCAUGUUUGGCCGCUGCAUGAGCUGUGGAGGACACCUCACGCCCAAGCACUGGCUGAACGAGAUGAUCCGGCAGGGUGUUGAGCUCCAUUGCUUCGCCUAUACUGCCUGCAUCAAGUCGGCGUCUACUUGGGCAGAAGCCAUCCUGCUCUACGAAGAUCUUCUGGAAAGAGACUUGAAACCUGACUUGGUGAUCUUCAGCAGCCUGGUGGAAGCGUGCGAGAGGGCUGGCGGGCCUGGUGCGCCUGGCAGGCAGAGCCCUCGCGAGCCGCACUGGGACCCAGGCUGGGCAGCACAGUUGGAGGAGCAGAUGGUUUGUGACCUUGCUGAGCUUUCACUGACGGAGCGAUCAAGGAGCAGAUGGUGA